GCGCGUAAUGCUGAGCAUUUGAUGCGGCGUAAGUCGGGGUGCUAAGGAUGCCAUGUGCUGAGAAUGAACCGCACGGGCGAUGCUCCACAGCGUUGCUCUGCGACUCCACUGCACGCUCGGAACGAAUGGUGUACAGCAUCCUGCUGCAGGCCAAGCCUACAUAAGAGGGUGCACCUAUUGUCUAUGCGCAACCAUUCACCGCUCACGCAACAUGACGCUGACCUCCGGGACGUACACCAUACGCAACGUGUACUACAAGACCUACGCCACUCUGAAGAGUGCCGACGAAGCAGCGCGUCUCAUUUCGACCCCGCACGGGAAUGACGCAGGCCGUAUCUGGGAGAUCAAGUACUUGGCCGAUGGGAAGUACACGAUUCGCAACCACAAGUUUCAGACAUAUGCGCAUUGCAGCCACCAUGCGGUCGCCGACGAGCAGAUUGUAGGCUCGACCUAUGAACAGGAGUGGGCGAUCCAAGAGGAGGCUCAGAAGAACCAUUACACCAUCUCUCCUAUUGAAGUGGAAAUAUUUUGGGGACUGACUAGCGGCGAAGAGGGUACUCCCGUUACGCUUCGGAGGCCCUUCACAGACGAAAGCAAUCAGUGGAUCAUUACGGCACACGAGGUCCACAAGCCUGAGUCGAAUCACCCGGCGAAGAAAUAGGCUGGACGUGCAAUGUUUGCCACCAUAUGUGCC